UUUUUAAACUUCCCUGCUCAGGGCAAUUGUUGAGCGACACUGGCUUGGAGUAAUUCACCUGUUCAGCUUGACGUUUCAAGGGCGUGCCACAUGUGUCACCAAUUGGUCCUACACGAAGAAGUCCCAGUGAACUCACACAGCAGCAGCUUGUCAACAACCAUAGAAAGUAAAUGUCGGUUAAGAGAAGAAAAAGCACAUCUGAUGUUUGUGGUUUGGCUUUUAAUUCAAGAUUGGACUUUGCCCACAGGAAGUUAUGUUCCAAGAAGAUGAAGUCAAAAAUCAUGAAAGCUCCCAGCAUUUGUUUUAAUGGAUCUUCAUGCCUUCAGAUCGCCUUUGUCAGAGUGAAGAAGCAAGGCUCACACAUCAAACAUCUACACUGGUUGCACAUACCUCUCCUGGUUGUUCUAUUGUCAGGUCAGGCUCUCUGUACUGAGACCACUGCUUCCCCUCUUUCCAUUCCUUCAACAAAUGAACAGACUUCAGUUUCCUAUCAUGUUGUCGUCACUGUCGACGUCAGUGGAGAAAAGGAUGAAUCAGAAAUCAUUACAUGGCUUGAAGAGGUGUUCCGAAAUGACCUACAGAGCUGCACAUCUUUGAAUCAUGAAGAAACAACUGCCACACCUACCGAUCCACAAACUUCAUCUGCAAGCACUACAUAUGAGACGACACUCAUGACGACAGCAACAACAACAUUGCAAAGCUUUGCAACUACAGCAACCACAACCUUACAGAGCUACAACACAACUACAGCUGCAGCAACAACAUUAAAAAGAAACCACACAACGACAGCUGCAACAUCGACAGGGUUAAAAAACUCCAUCACAGCUACACUGGAAACAACAGUGUUAAAAACCACCAGCACAACUUCACCUGCGACAACAACAGCAUCAAAAACCACCACAACUUCACCUGCAACAACAACAGCAUCAAAAACCACCACAACAACUUCACCUGCAACAACAAAAGCAUCAAAAACCACCACAACAACUUCACCUGCAACAACAAAAGCAUCAAAAACCACCACAACAACUUCACCUGCAACAAAAGCAUCAAAAACCACCACAACAACUUCACCUGCAACAACAAAAGCAUCAAAAACCACCACGACAACUUCACUUGCAGCAACAACAGUAACAAAAACCACAACUUCACCUGCAACAAGAACAGCACCUAAAACAACAGCAUUAAAAAGCAUCAAGAAAACUACGUCACCUGUCCCCGUUGUGAUCACACAGACAUUUGAUAAUGAAGGAGAGAACAUACCGACAAGGAAACCAUUACCCGAUCAGGCAAACAAGGGCCGUGUGGCUCGUGAAGUUAGAGACAGUGUGACACAAAACAGCGCUAUCACCAAUGACAACCCAACUGGCCUGUUUCAAGAAAUAGAAGUUUUAUGUGCUGCAAAGACUGCAAUAAGAAAAACCAACUGUUCCGUGACGCUGCACCUGAGACGCAGCAUCUCCUCGUGUUGUAUCCUCCGUACGCUCUGUGCGGCCAGUAAAGCUUCCUCUGACAUCCACGUGGUGGGAAAAUCAGCAGAUAGAAUCAAUCCGCUACAAAAUGAGUGCAACAGCAAUAUACAAAAGGAAAACAGAUGCAUUUAUACUGGACAAGCAGGUACAUUAUGUGAAGAGUCUGGGGCUGCAUAUAUGGUUCCUCAAAGCAACUCAACUCACUGCAGUACGGAUAAGAACAACACCUGCAGCUGCUCUGCUUACUGCAGUGGGACUGAUGCAUACUACACUUUUGAUAUUUUUAUACAAGAUUCCAACAUAAACCUUACGUCCUUGAUUUCUAAACUAAAACAACCAAACUGCCCUUCAAGUGCAGAAGUUCCAUGUCCAUUGGCCACAAUUGCAGCUCUAUACAAGGGUGCCAAUGUGGAAUGUAGACUAACAGAAUCAAGGCUUCUAAGCUGCCAAGUGAUUUUAGGCUUUUCCCACGAGGUUCCUAUCUGUAACGUGUCAGAGGCCGUGAUGAAUGUGUUUCAGUCUGAAAAGGAAAUCAUUUACAAUGGACAAGUGAUCCGAGCUGCAAUUUGUGGAGAUUCAGAAGUCAGCGACAACCCACUAAAAUCCAAGUUUGCGUGGUUUAGGGUUAACCUAAAGCCUGCUUCAUUUUGUCCGGAAUUUGAAGAAUCUUACAUCCUCACAUGUCAAAAUGGAAAAAAUAUGCUUGUGCAGAUGGAUGAGCAGUGUGAUCAGGGGUUGCUUACCACGCCCAGUCCACAUGUCACAACGGCACAACCAAACACCACCACCCCAUCUGUAAAUGUAACUUCAUCCCCACUGAACACAACUGCAACCACACAACCAGACACCACCACCCCUUCUGUAAAUGUAACUUCAUCCUCGCCGAACACAACUGCAACCACACAACCAGACACCACCACCCCUUCUGUAAAUGUAACUUCAUCCUUGCCGAACACAACUGCUACAGCCCUGACCACAACCACCAUCACCACCACGGCUGCUAACGUCACAGAGUCAGCUGAAGGCCAAGCCAAUGCACUGCUUGACCUAACCAGAGACGUGUCCAGUCUGAACUCCAGCCAGGUGAAUCAGCUGGUGUCCCAGCUGGAAAAUCUUUUGGCGGGCCCGACCGUCAGCCUGGCGCUGGGGAACACCUCUGUUAACAUUGUCAGUAAUCUGCUGGGUGCCUCUCCUGAGGUGUUGUCCGACUCCUCCAACAGGAUUAUAGGGAUUGUUGAUACAGUGGGAUUGAAGCUGAUCAUUGGUGAUGAGCCUCAGACCCUCUUGUCCCCAGCUGUGGCUCUGUCUGUCAAACCAGCAGAUGGCAGCAACUUUCAGGAAACAUUUUUCACCAUUUCAGACCCCAGUAAUGUAGAGGUGCGUGGGGAUCCCAGGCUUAAAAGAAGUGUGAGAACAGACUCCACCGUCCCUCAGGGCUCCAUCCGGCUGCCCCCUACUCUCACACAGAGCCUGACCUCCGAGCAACAGCAGCAGGUCUCCAGAGUCCAGUUCAAUUUCUACCAGGAGAGCACAGUAUACCAGGACAGAUCUUUGGGAGAACGCAAACUCAAUAGUGGGAUCCUGGGAGCGAGUGUUGCCAACCUGUCAAUCAAAGAACUACAGGACGACGUUGUAAUUCACCUGAGGAACACAGAGCCUAUCCCAGCUAAUUUUGUGGCUACAUGUGUUUUCUGGGACUUCACACGAAAUGACGGAUCAGGUGGUUGGAAUCCAAGAGGCUGUUCUGUCCGAAACAGCACAGACAAUGAGACCAUUUGUGGCUGCAACCAUUUAACUAGUUUUGCCAUACUGCUGGACCUCGCCAGAGAGCCUUUGACCAGCCGUGUACAGGCCACCAUCCUUACCUUUAUCACAUAUAUUGGCUGUGGAAUCUCUGCCAUCUUCCUGUCUGUCACCCUCCUCACCUACUUGUCUUUUGGGAAGUUGCGGAAGGACAUUCCAUCCAAAAUCCUAAUCCAGCUGUGCCUGGCUCUGCUGCUGCUGAACCUGGUCUUCCUGGUGGAUGCGUGGCUGGCGCUCUACCCAGAUGCUGUGGGCCUCUGCAUCUCCACAGCCUGGUUUCUUCAUUACUUCUUGCUGGUUACCUUCACCUGGAUGGGACUUGAGGCUGUUCACAUGUACCAAGCCCUCGUGAAAGUCUUCAAUAGCCACAUAUCACGUUUCAUGCUGAAGUUCUCAGCUGUCGGCUGGGGUGUCCCGAUGAUUGUAGUCAUUAUUGUCAUUGCGGUCGACAAGGACAACUACGGUCUUGUCUCCUAUGGAAGGUUUUCAGAUGGCACUAGUGAUGAGUUCUGCUGGCUGAAAAAUGACAUUGCCUUCUAUGUGGCAGUGGUGGCAUAUUUCUGCGUAAUUUUUCUCUUCAACGUCGCCAUGUUCGUGGUGGUGAUGGUCCAGCUGUGUCGGAUAAAGAGGCAGAACCCUCACAAUUCACAGCACCGCACCACGCUGCAGGACAUGCGCAGUGUGGCGGGAAUAACUGUCCUCCUGGGCCUCACCUGGGGCUUUGCUUUUUUCGCCUGGGGGCCUGUUAACCUCGCAUUCAUGUACCUCUUUGCCAUCUUUAACUCCUUGCAAGGUUUCUUUAUAUUCCUGUUCUACUGUGCACUGAAAGAAAAUGUGAGAAGGCAGUGGAGGACGUACCUGUGCUGCGGCAAAAUGAGACUAGCAGAGAACUCAGAAUGGAGCCGCACUAUGACACAGAAGACUGUGAAGAAGUCAUCAAUGACCAAACUAACUUCAUUUCAUUCCUCAAGGUCCUCCCAGUCCAACAACUCCUCUAGUUCCUCCUCUUUCCUCGUCAGCGACUCUUCAGAGCACAUUAAUGGUAUUGGUAGCCCAUUUGAAGACAGAAUAAUCACUGCAGAUGAAGACCCCAGUAACGACGUGGUCCUCAACGAGAUCAACAGGCAGUUCAGAAACCAACAAGUGCACUGAUCCAGAAGGGACAGAGCAGACUGUCUACUGGCUCUUAUUUUGAAAUACUUGUAUAUAAUGUAAGUUAGCACAGAGUAAUUUAUGCACCAACCAUUUGCAUGUCAUGUGUAUCACAUCACUUGUAAUGUGUAAUGGAAAUCCUACAUUUUACAUUGAAUUUGAUUUUUUUUCACACUUUUUUAUAUUCAUACUUUUUGUUGAUUGUUUUUGCACAAGGCAUCUGAACAACUCGUAUUCAUGUCUUGUUAUUUAUAGAAGUAGUCAUAUACCAAUGGUACAUCACUAACAUUGACCCAUGGUCUACAAAUCAGUAUCAAC